AUGCCAGGCCUAGAGAUACUCGUGCGAGCGGUAGAUCCACUUCUCUUGCCACCUGAUGGAGAAGAACCAAACUACAUCAAUCCACUUUCGAGGGGCCAGAAAAUUGUUAUUGCCAGUGUCGUUUUAACUUCAUUUGCGUUUGUAUUUGUUAUAGCCCGAGUCAUUGUUAAAGGAUUCGUUACCAAACGAUUUGGAUGGGAUGAUAUUUUCUGUGUUGGGGCUAUGGCCGCCUCGAUCGCUCGAACAGUGAUGAGUGUUAUUUUGGUCGAUACAUAUGGAAUCGGCGUUCAUGUCUGGAACUUCAAUCCUAAAAAUAUUGUUGCAGCCCACAACAUGCAAUUUGCUCAGGAUAUGGUUUGUGGGAAUGCAUAUGAUACUUGGCACUUCUCUUUUGAGGCGGAUUGUUUGCCAACCACCGACAUCACUGUAGCCAUCGGCGCAGUCAAUAUUUUUACGGAUUCAAUCAUUAUGGUUAUGCCUAUUCCAAUAAUCUGGAAACUUCAGCUGAAACAGACCCAAAGAUGGGGCCUGUUGGCAGUUUUCGGUACUGGCCUCUUCGUCUUAGUUUCUGCAAUUGUGCGGGAGGUGAUUGUAGUUAAGACAGACAAAGAACUUGACCAAUCUUGGGUGGUCGUUGAUGAGAUCAUAUGGCUCACUGUGGAACUCAAUAUUGGCAUAAUAUGCAUCUCUUUACCAGCACUUUCGCCCCUAUACACUCGCGUUUUGGCUUCCAAGUUUUACUUGUCAUCCCUUCGAAAUCUACUUUCAUUUUCGGGGGCCGGGUCCAAAUCACGGUCGAAACUGGGAUCAACCGACGGCACCAAGGAGUCGAAACAGGAUUCAUCACCAUAUACUGACAGUGUUUAUCUUGUUAAUAUGGGCUCUUCUCAUGCUGAAGCACAAGGGGAUGCAAGAAGUAGCGGUGAUCCACAUGAUUAUAUGGCGUACGAAACGCAUAAAAAUGGAAUCCAGGUGAGGCACAAGGUUGAGCAGCAUGUCACCCAGGCUCCCAAUGACGGGCAUGAUAUUGUCUAA